AAUUUGGAAUCACUCUGCAGGGAGAGAGAGAGAGAGAGCGUUAAUGGAGAUGGAUGAUCAAUCUGUGGAUUCGAGUCUCAAGACGUGCGUGGUCCUCAGUGGCGGAAGUUUCUUAGGGAGAUCAUUGAUCUCGAGGCUACUCCGACUCGGCCACUGGAUCGUCCGAGUCGCCGAUUCUACUCCCUCUCUUCAACUUGAUCCAUACUCUGACUCCGACUCGCUCAUCUCCAAUGCUCUCGCCUCCUGUCGCGCUACCUAUCACCAAGUCGAUGUUCGUGUUAAAUCUCAAAUAGCCGAAGCUAUUGAAGGCUCAUAUGUUGUGUUCUACAUGGAUCCCACUGAUGUACGCACUCAUGAUUUCUAUCAUUGCUACAUGAUCAUAGUUCAAGGUGCAAAGAAUGUCAUCCAUGCAUGCCGAGAGUGCAAAGUUAAACAGCUCAUCUACAACAGUUCUGCAGAUGUUGUUUUUGAUGGUUCACAAGAUAUAAAUGGUGGGGAUGAAACCUUGAGAUAUCCUUGGAAAUUUCAAGACCUGCUGACUGACCUUAAAGCCCAAGCAGAAGCACUAGUCCUUUUUGCCAAUGAUAUUGAUGGGCUUUUGACCUGUGCACUUCGUCCCAGCAAUGUGUUUGGACCUGGAGAUACAGAGAUUGUGCCUUUUCUGGUUAAUUUUGCAAAAUCUGGUUGGGCAAAGUUUAUUAUAGGGAGUGGUGAAAAUAUGUCUGACUUCACCUAUAUUGAGAAUGUUGCCCAUGCAAAUAUCUGUGCAGCAGAAGCUCUAGAUUCCAAAAAGGUCUCUGUAGCAGGAAAGGCAUUUUUUAUAACUAAUCUCAAGCCCAUGAAGUUCUGGGACUUCGUGUCUAACAUACUUGAGGGGUUGGGAUAUGAAAGACCAUCAGUAAAACUUCAUGCUAAGAUGGUGUGGUAUAUUCUCUCGGUUGUCAUGUGGAUGCAUGAAAAAUUGGACCUUGGAAUGCAUAAUUGUUCUGUGUCACCUCAUUACAUUUUUCAACUAGCCUUGCGUACAAGAACUUUUAACUGCAGUGCAGCUCAAGAACUUCUUGGGUAUUCACCAGUCAUAUCCCAGGAAGAGGGUCUUGCGCGAACCAUUGAAUCAUUCUGUCAUUUAGCCAAAGAUUCAUCUGUUGUGAGAUACAGUGACUUUGAUAAACUAUCAAAAGCAGAUAAGCUGCUUGGUGGUGGGAAAGUUGCAGACAUUUUGCUGUGGAGAGAUGAGAAGAGAACGUUCACAUGCUUCCUCCUUGUGGUUGUAUUGUUUUACUGGUUUUUUCUGGAUGGAAGAACUUUCACUUCUUCCUUAGCACAGCUUCUGCUUCUAGUUUCAAUCCUCAUUUAUGGUUGUGGCAUGGUUCCAUUAAAUAUAUUCGGCUUUCCUGUCAAGAGUAUACCUUUGUCUUGCUUCGAAGUCUCUGAAGUAGGCAUGAGAGACUCAAUCCGAAGCAUAGUUUAUCUGUGGAACAGGUUGGCUCAGAAUAUUGCAGCACUCGGCAGAGGAGAUGAUUGGAAUAAUUUCUUCAAGGCAGCGGUAUCUCUCUAUAUUCUCACAUUGAUUGCCACGCAGUCAUUUACAGUGGUGAUUGCCGUAGUGUUGGCAUUCAUGUUCACUGGUUUCUUCAUUUACGAGCAAUACGAAUCUGAAAUUGAGGGGCUAGCAAGGAUUCUGGUCUACGGUAUAAUUCAAUUGAAAGGAUUUAUUAGGAGAGGUCUCCAACUUGCCUCCACACGUUUCCAUAAUGAUGAAUAAGUAUUGCCUCAGUAGACAUUACUGAAUAUACAAGGAUUAGAAGGUAGGACUAGCAGCGCCUAAACUGCCAUUUUCUUCACUGGUUGCAUUGGAUAUGCUUUACAGACAGCUAAUCCCCCAGCAAACGAAACCCAGGGGGAUGAAUUAUACGAGCACCUCGGACCAGGUAGGUUUUGCAACUUUUUCUCCUCCAUUCACAUUAAUUAGUAGUAUUUUAGAGGAAGUUAAACCAUAGUGUGCUGAUGGAUGGUAGCAGUUGUUGUAAAAACAAGAUGAGUAUGUUACAAUCAAAUUUCAAAAUUUAUUACUGUUGUGAUAGUAAAAAUUUUAAUCGAAGACGAAAUAAGCUUUGUUCGAUGAUGA